AUGGUUACGAGUGACACACAAAUAAAAGAAUGGUUUAAACAGUUCAAAGAUGGCUGUGUCUCAGUGGACAGUGAUCCUUAUUCCGGCAGACCUUCAACGUCGAAAACAACAGAAAACGUAGAACGUGUGCGAUUCGCUAUCAACCAAAAUCUUUGCUUGACUAUGCGAAAGUUAAAAGAUGACCUUAGGAUCAUCCCAAAAACUAUUGUUUUUCGAAUAUUGACUGAAGAUCUGGGAAUGAGUCGCGUGAUUGCAACAUUUAUUACACAAAUACUUAUGAAAGAUCAAAAGAAUUCUCGAGUUGAAGUUGCGAAGAAAUCCUGGAAUCCAUCAACAAAGAUUCUGAGUUGCUUAAAAGAGUUAUUAUAG